AUGUCGUAUCAGCUGCAGCCAGGGUAUCCGGGGUUAUCUUAUCUUCUUCGCCUUUCGAUAACAUUCCCCCGAAGCAGCUGCCGAGCUCCACUCGAUCACUCGGAACGAUUGGAUGAGGCUGGACAUCAUUUUCACCUGCGUUCGCCUAGUUUUGUGGGCGAGCACACUCUUUUCCCUCCGGCUGAACGAGCAAGCGGGGCAUUGUCGGAUACUGGGGGUUCGACAAGGGAAACUGGAGGACCUUUGUCGUGGGAUGUCGUUGGUCGCCCUGACAUUCCUUGA